AUUUUUAGCAGUGGCAAUACUGAAAUCUUCAUUUUUAGUCGAUAAAAUUUUCUAUCUGCAUCGCAAAUAAAAUCAAUUUUGCGGAUAGUUUUCAGUUUCGUAAGAGUAAAACAAAUAUCAAAAUGCAAGGUUUGAGCAUUCAGAGUUUGAAGAAACACAAGGCCUUGAUCCCACUAUAUGUUUGUGUGGGUCUGGGAUGUGGAGCAUCGUUGUUCUACAUCAUCCGUCUGGCGACACGCUCCCCCGACGUGUCCUGGAACAAGCGCACCAACCCUGAGCCCUGGCAAGAGUACAGGAACAAGCAGUAUAAGUUCUACUCUCCCAUCAGAGAUUACUCCAAGGAAGAAUCACCUGCACCCAAAUACUAAGCUAAAGUAAUGUUAUCCAAUGGUAUACAAGCAGUGUUAUAAAUUUAGAAAACUUUAAUUUAAUAAAUAGUGUUAUGUGAUAACUUCAA